AUGACUAAAUUCUUUAAAAAUUGCUUGAUCUCUUCUUCUGACAGUACGCCUGUCGAUCAAUCAUCCUCGGCGCCGAGAGCCGUUGCUCAGUUUUCCUCUAGAACACGCUAUAAUGAUAACAAUCAUGACACAAGCCUUGAAUCCCUCUGUCAAGAAUGUCGCGCGAUAGAUUGGCCAAAUCUUACAGACUUGAGAAAAUUUAAGUUGUCAGAAUCAUUGUCAGAAUCAUUGUCAGUUUGCCCAAAUGGACGUCAUAGAGACCCUGUCCGAGCCUAUGAGAAGAAAUCCCGUAACCAACUGCUCAACUCGAGUUGUCGCGUCUGCCGCUUUGUUGGAAGUCUUGUCAAUUUUCACUCUGGUAGCCGUGCUCUUAAUCAGUCUCUAGAUUUAGGUGACCAACCGAUGCAUUUAAGACGUGGGGUUCCGAAGAGCGAGCCCGAGGGACUGAACUGUCAGUUCGAUCCCUUGGGUAUGUUUCUGAGAGAAGAGAGGGCCACUAUGAAUACACCCGCUCCAUAA